AUGCAUACGAACAAUAUCACCCCAUCAUGGAAGGGGAUUGCUGGCAUCUCCAGACUCGUAGUCUUCGGUGACUCAUAUUCUGACGUUGGCUAUCUUGCUUUGAUGUCGCCACACCCCACCGAAGUCCAGCCACUCGGGGUCGAGUUUCCCGGCGUCACCUGGACUGAGAGCGAUACAGCAAACUGGGUCGGUCACUUAAUUACCAACUAUUCCCCCCAUGGCCAGAUGCUGGUGUACGAUUAUGCCGUGGGAGGAGACACCGUAUCCGGCGUCCGAAUCCAGAUUCGCAACCGGUUCCUGCCUACAGCAGGGAGAAAGCCUGACUGGGCACCUUGGUCUUCAACAGACACACUUUUCAUCACUUGGGUGGGGAUCAACGAUUGCGGAGGCUCCGAUGAUGAGAUUAUCGGAAGCUCUUUGAAAGAACUUUUUAAAGAGCAGGAAGCACUGUAUGAGGCAGGCGCACGCAACUUUCUUCUCGUCGAUGUACCACCAAUUCACCUCUCGCCUAUCGGUCGUAUGCUGUCUAACAAGGAUGUAGGAAGCCAGAUAUACAGAACCUGGAAUGCUGAGUUGGACGUGCAAGCUGCGGCGUUCUCAACUGCCCACCCUGACGCGACUGUCCUGCAGUUCUCUUCCUGGGACACGUUCAACCGUGUGCUAGAUGAUCCGGUUGCUCAUGGAUUUGCAACUGAGGACGUCAGGAAAUCGGGUGGGGGCAUCUGGGUCGACCACCUCCAUCCGACCAGUCGGAUGCAUGACUGGAUCGCCAAGGACCUGGCUGAUUUCUUAGCUUCUCGAACCCCUACAAAGGAAUGA